AUGGACCCCUCGGAAGCCGCCCCGCGCCGCUCCAAGCGGGACCACCAGCCCAGCGCUAAGGCCGCCGCCUUCUCGACCUCAGAGACACUCGCGCAGGCGCCAGUCAGUGCCCCCCGUCGCGUACAGCGCCGACGCGCUCCCCCCACUGCACCGCCAGCACUGCCUUUGCCGUCGACAGGGACCUCGUCGGCGUCUCGUCCCGUGCCAAUUGUCCCAUUUGUCGAUCCCUUUGGACCCACUGAACCACAGUGUCGAAGGUUUCGAACGGCCUCGUAUACCUCAGGCACCUCGGGUGUAUACCAGCGAGGGGUACACUUGACGUACCCCAGUGGUAACCCUCGCCAGAACGGCAAAGUGCUGGGGAGGUACUCGAGUCGUGACUGUGCCGUACUGUGUGAAGUAAUCCUAAGCCAGCUGAAAACACAGACACUGGCGCUGACCGUGUUGGAUGAGCCCAAGUCGCCAGCAUGUAUCCGAUGGGGUGCCGUGGCCGAGACAUUGAAGACGACGCACGGGCUUUGGAUACCGCCUCAAGAGUGUCAAUUGGUGUGGAAGUUCUUGGCGUACGGGCAAGUCGCCGAGUCGAAAGCCGGAACGGAGCUGCUGCCGGAUUCCGAUGCGGAAGAGUUUGGCCAAAGUCCGGGGCAAAUCAAUGCCCGACUCGCUACUAACAGAGCAACAGCUGCCGAGUCAAAGCUGAGGGCAGGCGAAGCUGGGGCACAAGACGGGACAAAGGUGGACAAAUGGAACGCUCUGGCAGGAGACGACACGGCAGGAAAGAGCAGUGAGAAUCGACCAUUGAAGAACGUUCAUAUCGAAGCAAAGUCAACAACGCAGCGCAUCACGUGCGAAGCAUGUGCGCAGCAAAAGGACAAAUCGACUACUAUGAGGUUGUAUCCAACCUACUCGCUACCUACGGGGGCACCAGAUGCCUGGUAUCGUCCGUUUGGUCCGAAAGACGCGCUGCCGCUGACUUUUGUGGCAUCGAGGUUUCUUCGGCGAAAGCCAACGCCGCCUGCAGCCCCGUCACGGAUAGAGCAGGUGACAAAACUGCCAGGUCCAAGCGCUACCGGAACGGCAGAGCUGAAGCGGAACCAAGCAGACGAUAAGGUCGAAGCAGCCAAAAAAGCGAAGCUUGUUGCGUAA